AUGGAAGCGGAGAAAUUACCAAAUCAAUUGUCGGUUCAGGGCUCAGAUAUUCCAUUGGAUGUGCUUAGAGGAAGCGAAGACAAGAAAGAGGAGUGUAAAGAAGCUCCACGUCUUCUCGAGAUGCAGGUGACGUAUGCACGUGUGCCGCUUGUACCCGACAGGUCUAGAAGCACCCCUCGUGCUCCGUCCACUGGUCUGGGCUUCAGUAUCAUUCCUCUGCAUACUCCGCAUGGGUCACUGGCUGCGUGUUAG